AUGCGGGCACCCGGCGCCGCUGCCGCCUGCGGGCACGGCCGGGACGAGGCGGAGCGGUGCCUGAGCCCCGCGGGGAGGCUGGCGGCCGCCGUGUGCCUGGGCGCCCUGGGCAGCCUGGGCUUCUGCAGCAACCUGCUGGUGCUGCUGCUCUUCUGGCGCUUCCCGGCGCUGCGCUCCCCCAUCAACCUCCUGCUGCUCAACAUCGCGCUCAGCGACCUGCUGGGAUGCGCCCUGGGCACCCCGCUCGGGCUGGCCGCGGGGACCGGCGCCGCUCCGGGGGCCGCCUGCGCCUGGCACGGCUUCGCCACCGCCCUCUGCGGCAUCAUCUCUCUCAUCUCCCUGGCUGUGCUUUCGUACGAGCGUUACUGCACCAUGACAAGAACAGCAGAGCCUGACACCACCAACUACAGGAAAACAUGGGCAGGCAUCAUCCUGUCCUGGACAUACUCCUUGCUCUGGACCAUUCCCCCACUUUUUGGCUGGAGCAGCUAUGGACCAGAAGGACCAGGGAUAACCUGCUCUGUGAACUGGCAUUCCAAGGAUGCCAACAACGCAUCCUACAUCAUCUGUCUUUUCAUCUUUUGCCUUGUAAUCCCUUUUGCCAUCAUUGUCUAUUCCUAUGGGAAGCUGCUCUGUGCUGUCAGACAGGUGAGCAGCAUCCACAGGGGGCCAGCCCGGAGCCGGGAGCAGCGCGUCCUGGUCAUGGUGGUGGUGAUGGUGGUGAGCUUCCUCCUCUGCUGGCUGCCCUAUGCAGCUGUGGCACUCAUUGCCACCUUUGGGCAGCCUGGGCUCAUCACCCCUGCAGCCAGCAUCAUCCCAGCCAUCCUUGCCAAGAGCAGCACUGUCUACAACCCCAUCAUCUACAUAUUUCUGAACAAACAGUUUUACAGGUGCUUUGUGGCACUCCUGGGAUGCAACAAAUCCCCCAUGGGUUCCGAUAACUUUCCACAUCUUCACACGGCCAAAAGUCCUCCAAACACGGGGCUGUCAGCAGACUCAGUCCCUGCUGGUGCCACCAUCCAGCCCUGA